CGAGAAAAAAUUCGUCAGUUAACAGGAGUUCAUGAUUUAUUAAAGAAGAUUCAAUUUAUUUUUGAAUUGCCUACUAGACUGAAGUUAUGUCUAGAUCAGGAGUCUUAUGCGCAGGCUGUAAGAUAUUAUGCGAAAACAUCUCGUCUCUUAGAACAUUAUAGAAGUUUGUCGGUAUUUAGUUCAAUUGAAAGUGAAUGCAAAGAGAUUAUUGAUAAAGUUUCCAAGAAAAUUAGAGAAAACAUGACAAGUGAAAAUGCAACUGGCUCGGAGAUAACAGAUUGCAUAAUAUUAUUGAUUUCAUUGAAAGAACCUCCGCAACAACUCGCUAAAGAAUAUCUUGAUCUCCAAGAGACUUUUCUUUCCAAACUUUUGGUAACCACAGUUGACGAAAUGUCAAAUGUCCCUGCAGAUUAUCCCUUUAAAUCUUCAGAGGAUUAUCAAUUAACAACUUCAAAUGAAAGGGCUAUAAUCGAACUUUCUUAUUUAAAUGAAAAGUUUUUAAAGGAAUUAAAUAAGUUUGUUGAGUCUUUUAAUGGAUUCUUUUUACAACCAACAAAAGAAUGCAAAGAUGCCAAGUCGCCUGGGAAAUCCCCCGCAAAGUCUCCAAAAAAUAACGACCUUAUUCGAUAUGUUUCUACUAAUUUGGAUAUCGAAGUAAAAGAACUUGUGCGUAAGGAAUUUUUAGAAUUCAUUGAUGCAAUCACCUCAGAAUAUUUAACGAUUGUGGAUGGCCUAUUAGAAUUCCCAGAAAACAUAGUAGAUUUUAAACCAGAAACCCACGUAAAAUUACUUAAUAAACUUAACUUUGCUGCAUUAUCCUGUGCAAGCCUUUGCAGUGUCAUCAAAUUUGAUGAGCGUAUCAAAGAAGUAAUCAGUACAUGGGAGACAGGAAUUGGAAAGAGACUGUUCGGAAAUGCAGAAAAAGAACUUAUUGAGGAAUUUGUAGAGUUUUCUGAAAAACAGAAGACAAAAGUUUUUUCAUCAUCACAACAACGAUUCAAAUAUGUACAAACAUUUGUAUUGGAUACGGAAACUUGGUUGACCACAUAUUUAACAAAAGACUGUCUAAGGAUCAUAGAGGAAUGCAUGAAUACUGAAGUGCCAAUGUUUGAAAACAAAGAUGAUGUUGAAAAAUUUUUAAAAAAAUUUCAAGCCGAAUUUAGGGAAUUUUGGUAUUCUAUAAUAAAUUCUAUGAUGAAAUUUGUAACUCCAAUAAAUCCAUAUCCAAUAAAUCCACAAGAUCCACCACCACCAAUUAUUUCUCUAAUAAUGUCUCGCAUGUUACUAGAUUUCGGCGAAAUUAUCGUUACACAAGUUUACACAUCUUUUUCUGAUAGACUAUAUACUUCUCGAGAUAAUAAAAAUAGAUUUGCCGUUGAUGUUUAUGGUGGAUAUGGAGAACGUCAUGCUAUUUCUAAGGAGUUGACACAGGAUGUUAGAGAAAUUGUUGGAGUAUGUAAGGAUAUUGCACAGAGAAUUUUAGAACGAUAUGUGGAGAUUGUUGGAAAUCGAAUUUCCAUGAAUGUUCGUGGCCUUUAUACCAUGAAAUCAGGCACUACAGAUUUAACUGAUGCAUCACAACCAAUAGGUGUUUCAAAAAUAUGGAAUGUCAUUAUUACAGAAUUGGCACUUAUUGAAAAAGAAGUUGUGAUGCUCUACGGGACUGAGGAGGAAAAUAAUCUAGAUGAUCAAGACAAUAAUUCUUUACAAUCUACCGAUCAAAAUUCUGCAGCAAAUCAAGACAAUUCAAUUACUGUACGAUCUCCUUAUGCGCAUUCAAAUUCUUCCUAUUCAUCCAUAAAUUCGAAUCGUCCAAAAACAUCAAACCCGUUUUUUGCCAGCUUCACACAUCUUACUUCUCAUAUAGACAAAUUGUUUUCCGAUAGAAUCGAGAUUUUUGGAAUAGUUGAAAUUGGAAAGCCGGGAAUUAUUAUGGGCGUUAUAAAAAUAUUAUUAAAGGCGUGGAUAGAAACCGUUCGUAUGCAAACAAUAACAAAUAAAAUAUUUCAACAAAUUCAAGUGGACUCGGAAUUUGUACGACUUAAGUUAUGGAAAUAUAUUGAAGAUGAGAGAAUAUUGAAUACAAUGUUACAAGAAUUAGCUUCAAGCGCAUUUAGAAGAUGUGCCGAAGAUCCUUUGCCACUGGAAAAUACAGUUAUAGAACAAAUAGCUGGUAGCUUGUAA